AAAGAUUCUCGACCCAAAGAGACAGACGGUUUACAAUUUGAUAGAAUAACUACAGUCGUAUCAAUCCUCCAGCUGGCCCUCUCGCUACAAAGGCCAUUAUGACCAUGCCACGGGUGCUCGUCAUCGCCGGCUCAGACAGCUCAGGCGGAGCUGGCCUCGAAGCAGACCAAAAAGUCCUAGCUGCUCACCGAUGCUAUGCCAUGACUGCAACAACGGCACUGACUGCCCAGAAUACCCUGGGCGUCGAGGACGUUCAUAUCACUCCUCCGGCUUUUGUGGCUAAGCAGAUUGAUGCUUGUCUCUGUGAUAUUGGAUGUGACGUGGUGAAAUUGGGAAUGCUUGCAUCAGCCGAGACGAUCAAGAUCAUUGCCGACGCCCUGACAAGACAUGGUGUUUCGACGGUUGUACUUGAUCCUGUCAUGGUCUCUACUAGCGGCGCACAACUCCUCCCUGGUGACGCCGUCCGAAAUCUGCGUGACUUACUCUUACCAUUAACAACCAUACUAACCCCCAACAUCCCCGAAGCUACUCUUCUCUUACGAGACGCCGACAUCCAAUAUAAAUCACCCUCUAAUCUCGAUGAUCUCAAGCUUCUGGCGAAAUUGGUCUACAGUCUAGGACCAAAGGCUGUUCUCUUGAAAGGCGGUCACAUGCCUUUGACUAAAUCAUAUGAGAAAGCCAAUUCCGAUGAUGAGAAGCAACUCACUGUUGAUAUCCUAUAUGAUGGUGACGGUGAUAACUAUAUGAUUAUUGAAUCCGAGUAUAUCGAUUCGAGAAACACCCACGGGACGGGAUGUUCAUUGGCGAGUGCAAUUGCAGCAAACCUGGCAUUACAGAUAUCACAAUCAUCAUCAUCACCAUCAUCCUCGUCGUCGUCGUCGUCUCUCUCCCUCCCCACCGCCACACGCCUCGCCGUCCGAUACGUCACAUCUGGAAUCUCUUCCGCCGACCCAACCCUCGGAAAAGGUUCCGGCCCCAUCAACCACUUCCACAACGUUCAACACCACGUCUUCUCACGCGGCCAUUUCAUCGAAUAUCUCCUCUCGCACCCCAAAAUCCAACCCGUGUGGAAAGCCUACACCCAACACGAAUUCACACUCCAACUCGCACGCGGAACGCUCGACGAAACCAUCUUCAAAAACUACCUCAUCCAAGACUACUUGUACCUGCGCCACUUUGCCCGCACACACUCUCUCGCGGGCUACAAAUCCAAAACCAUGUCGUCGAUCGCCGCAUCCGCUCAAAUCGUCCUACACAUCCAACGCGAAACCGACCUGCACAAGACCUACUGCGCUGAAUUCGGCAUUUCCGAAACCGAUCUCGAAUCCCCCGAUCGUCGCGAAAGUCUCGCUUGUGUGGCCUAUUCUCGCUAUGUGCUGGAUAUCGGCCAUUCGCAGGAUUGGCUUGCGUUGCAAAUGGCCCUGGCGCCGUGUUUGUUGGGGUAUGGCGAGGCGGCCAGGAUGUUGUACGCGGAUCCAUUGAGUGUGACGGCGGAAAAGGGGAAUAGGUAUUGGAAAUGGGUGGAGAAUUAUGUGGCGGAGGAUUAUGCGCAGGCCGUGGAUGUGGGCAGGGAGUUGAUUGAAAGGGAGAUUGUCAAGCAGAGUCCAGAGAGGGUCGAUGAGUUGAUGGAGAUUUUUCUGAGGGCCGCGGAAAUGGAGGUGAGGUUUUGGGAUUUGGAUGCUCAUGUUUAAGAAAUGGAAAUUUUUGAAGAUGGGUGUUGUGUUGUUGUACACAUGUUUAUACAUAAUUAUUGUUGUACAUGACAUACAGCGAGAGUCGUGCUUUUUAUAGACAGACAGAACAGACAAGACGGAUAAAC